AUGAGCAGCUCAUAUCCUCAGCCGUUGACGGGCCUCUCCGACCCUCCAGCAGGCCGUACGGUCUUCCACCACGCUCGAAUGGGGCCGGGGAACGGUCUGGCACGAGGAUUGGGACCGGGAGGAGGGCCGGGCGCGAGAUCGAGUCCGGUCAUCGAUCUCACGGGGAGCAACGACGAGGAGGAUGAGGACCUGGAGUCCCGUCGGCCUGCGAAGAGGUUGCGCAUCGACACACACGGCCACGAUGAGCUGGCGAGGUUUAUGAAUCCCAGUUCCAGGCUGGAGGAAGAGACGUACGAUGGUGCUGGUACCGGCGACGAAGACGAUGGCGAGGGUGAAGACGACGACGAAGUAAUGUUUGACGAGGAACCGCCGUUUGUCGAGAGUGCGAAGCCGGCUGCCACGUUUCAGGACCGGCUUGCUUAUAUGUCGAUUGAUGGAGGAGCCCAGCAGUCGCAGGCGUCGCAGUCGCCGCUCCCCUUACCUCCUCGGCCGCGCAGGAACAGGCUGAUAAGGGAUAUGCAUGAACCGGCUGCCUCGGACGAUGAACAUGAAGACAUGACAGUCCAGACCACGCCGUAUACGAUGGAAGUCCCAGCAGCUGCUGCUAGGCUCGCUGAUAAGACAAUUCUCGACUUCCAUCCAUGGACAGGAAACCACCCCGAAGACGCGCUGAACGAACAAACCGCCAAACAGGGCUUCUACGACCGUGUCCAGCUCUCCCAGAACGAAAGCAACACUGCCCGGCCGUCACUAUACUCUCACUUCAAAAACCCCAACGGCCUCAAAGCACUCUCCCAUAUAUUCGCCGCAGCCCUCAAGAAACGACAAGCCAACUCGAAGAUCACUCCAACUUCGACAUUCAAACCACCACCGCGCGUCACACUCACCGAUAAUAAACGCGAAGCCUGGUUGCGGGAUCUAGCCAACCCGUCCGUCCCCCUUAGACGGCUCAGCAGGACCAUACCGCACGGUAUUCGUGGUAGGAUAUUGCUGGACCAAUGUUUAGGGAAGAAUAUCCCCAUUGGUCGCGCAAUCUGGCUUGCGAAGUGUGUGGGUGCGAAUGAGAUACGGGCGUUUAAACGGAAGGGAACAGCGGCGGCGAUUGCGAGUGGGUUGGAAGCUAAGUGGGUGAGGGACUGGACAGGGAGUGUACAGCAGUUCAUGGAAGGGGUGGUGCAAUCGUACGAAGAGACUGGGUGGAUCGAGAACCAAGCUUAUGCUAUGAGAUUAUCCGGUCGUCUGUUCCUAGAACAAUUGCUUGACCAAGAUGCCUUCCUAGAAUGGUUUCUUACCUCUCUACAUGCUUCGACCCUGGAUAUGCUGCCCGUAUGGCUAUCGAGUAUUGGCGUAUACUGGAAGAAUAUCACCAGUUAUCGAAAGCGAGGGAGACGACUUGCCCAGACGUUGCUGGAUAAGCUAUCACUGGCUCUGAAUACCAACCGUUCUGACGUCCUCAACUCCCUAAUCACUCGUCUCCAGAACCUGAUCCGCUCAUUUAUCACUUCUCAUCCGUCCUCUUUCAUUCUCCCCUUGACUUGGACUCAACACCAGAAACCUCUAACUACCUGCUUCAAUACUUCCAAUCCCAUGGAAACAGCGUUCCUCGCUCAGCUCACGGAGCGAAACAUUAGGCUUGCCAAAACCAGCCCACAACCUAGUCUCGACUCCCAACAGCCGACUUCACGGCCUGCCUCACAGCAGCUAGUCUCUCUCCUUGACACACCAUGUACAUCCAAUGCCUUCCCUAUCCUUGCUGCCAAAUGCUUGGCUCUUCCAUUGGAUCACAGAACACUAGUUUGGACUCUUGUCGAAUGGUCCUCUACCCCGUUCCGAUACGGGUCAGCGCGCAUUUACAUUUCUGCACGCCUACUACGGCGCUGGAGGAAGCUCUCUAUCGAUACAGAUGCGCACAUUCUCUCAUUUCUAGCCGACCGCAGUAAACACUCCACUCGCCGAUUUGGAAAUAUCUACCAUCUUGUGUCGGAAUUGGUGCGAUCGCAAUCCUUCUCGGUUGGGAAGUAUCUGGAGUGGCUGAUGGCUAGGGGCGCGGUCAGACGGCCAGACAUGCCAGGCCAAUGUCCGACUGCUGAUGUGCAGCUGCUGCAACAUAUCCCGUCAAAUAGGCUGCCAGAACAUAUCUGGAAUUUGCGGAAUAUGCUACUUGCUAGGGCUGGGGUGUCGGUUGAGGACGAGAGAAGACAGAUACUUCAGAUUAAGGCUGGUUUUCAACAGCGGUAUCCAGAUAUCUUUACUGAGAAGGCUGGCACUUCUCACGCUGAGAUGAUAGAUGCCGAUGCUGACUGGGCUAACCUUACAUGGACUGUGAAAUCGGAUAUCUCGCAUUGGGUGCGGGAACAGGUUGCGUACAAAAUCCAAACUCAUGCCCAGGCAACUCCCAACAAGACACCAACCCAAACGCCUUCUAUGAUGCUAACGCUGGACCAAUUUUACUUCCUCCGCCAUAUCCUCGAGUGCAUGGACGACCUCUCAAUCCUCGCUGACAUCCUCAAACUUGUCUCCCAGUCCACCAACACUACCAUCCUAGCCUCCGCCACGGAUACUCUUAACUAUCAUUUCCCUUCCUUCACAGCUAUUGGUGCCACAACAGACCUUUUCCACAGCUUCGCUAUCAACUAUUCAAAGCUCAGCAAGGCCGAAGCCCACGUUCAAGAUCUGAUAGUUGCCCUGCUGGACGUAGCUAUCGUUAUUCCCUCCGAAGGGUCUACAGUGGCUGUUCUACGCCGCGACCUAGUGCGCUACGAGAAGAAAUCGGCCAUGGCUGCCUCAUCGCCUGUCUCGGAGCAUAUGGCUGACACACUCAACCCGGUCAAUCCUACCUUUAGUGGAAUGCUAGACCAGUUACUUGCAUCCGGAAACUGUAUGGAUGACGCUACGCUUAUACGUAUAUUUGAGCUGCUUAUCCAAAAGCUCGAGACGGGCAAGGCAGAUAUCAGCCUCUCGUCAAGUGAAGCAGCUCGAUACCUUGCACAGCUACGUCUGUUCAACACGAAGACUUUCGAUGGGUUAAUGAUCAAGCGGGUAGUGGGGAUUAUACGGACUUCUCCAAGGCCAAAUUUAUCUGAGUUUCUACCACCGCUCAUUGGAGUAGGCUGUAUUACGUUUCCGGCAUUUUUUGGGUUAGUGAAAAAAUUGCUGGAUGCUGACAAGGAUGGUGAGAAAAGUAUACCAGAUGUUCUGCAAUUAAGGUUAGAUAUGCUGGGCGUUCUAGGGCUAGAGAGAGUUGACAGGAGAGCCGUACCUGAUCUCGUGUUUUACCGCUUCAAAAUCGCUCGCCAGGAAUUCAUCCUCAAGAACUGCCGCGGCAUCGUCGGUACUAUCCGCGAUGCGAUAAUGGAUGCAUCGGCAAGCCAAUCUACCAUUGACAGUUCUAUGCAGGAACAAUGGAACAAGUCCAUAUUCCCGCUACUUUGCGAGAUAAUCGUCCGUCACGCCAACAUCGCAAAGGAUGAAUGUGUUAAAUGGGUGACGGAGAAGUUCCCGACGGGCGUACGCCUCCUUACACAGACUCUGAAUAAUCUGCUUAGUGUGGGAUCUGGCAAUAGCAACGAUCCUGAUCGUGCGUUGCCUGCGCCCCAGCAGGUCGCCCAGCAACAAACGCUAGAUAUCAUCCAGCGCAUUGAUGAUUUCUCACUGCCCUUCUGUCUUAUUAAGCUGCAGCUUCUAGUUGCGGGAGCGGAUGCAGCUGGGAAGGAGAACGUCCUUGAUCCCGUAUUUGCUGCGGCCGAGGUGGAUGUUAAGAAUGGUUUGUCUCGGUGGGUAGACGUUAUUACAGUGCUGGAUGACGAGGGGAGGCGACAGAUUCGGCAGAAGGCAGAGAAUAGACUUCUCUCGCUGUUCAUUACAUCCGCCUCUUCGGCUUCGACUAGCUCAAGUGAUGACUCCGACGAAGGACUGGCACCUUAUGAGCUUGGAUUGGUAUACUUGCGCAUCAUCGAAGAGCUAAUGUAUAAAACAUCUGCCGAUAAUGUUUCUUCCGCCAUAGGCAGCGCUCUACUAGAAAGGAUGAACCUAUUACUGCAAAGAACGGCGUUCUUAUCCAAGGUCAAAACCGCAGAGACAAAGUCAACCGACACUGCUCAACGCAAUGAAGGUGGUACACUCGGAAUAUGGGUUUACAUCAUCCUACGGCUGGUGGCUUUGUACCGCUCAGUAUUUAAUGUAGAGCGUGCAACUAAGUCUGACCUUACCGACCAGACCCGCCUUCUACUCAGCAUCUGCUACAUGGCAUUUACUCCAGCCUUAGGCCAAGUUCUCUCUCGAGCAGGUAACCUUUCAACAAACCCCUCCAGCAGAUAUAGCCACCUUUGGCAGCCUCUCCCAGUAAACUGGGAUAGCUUGCGAACCUACGCCAUCGAUGUCGCGGCCAUUCUAGUUGAUACCCUCCCCGACGACGCCCGCCUACAGUGUGCUCGCUUCCUACGAGAUCGAUCUCCUCUUUUCCUCCACCAGCAGCAAGAUACCCGUCUUCUCUACCUUUUCGGCCCCAUGCCUGAUCCCCAAGCCGCCCCUGGCCCCUUUAACCUCCCUACGGGUGCUACAACCUCUGUACCACCACCACUACCCGGCUCGUCGCCUCUCAAUGUCUCAAGUCAUGCUACACAGGGCGCACAAACUCAGCCCUCCCAUCAAGCGAGUUCACCGAUCCCUACAGUCGAAGAAACAAACUCGCCUAUCCAAAAUUUCCGUUUCCAGCAAGGUAGUCGGGUUCUAGGCCCCUGUCCACCUAGGACCUGGGAGAUGCUCGAAGAAUCAGCCCCCGUUGUGGGCGUGAAUGACACGGCGCUAAAUCUAGCUUACUUCGGUGCCCGUCAAGUUAGAGCUGGUCUAAACUGA